GCCUCAAGUAUCCAUAUCGUAUACGCCCUAAACACAUAGUAUCGAACAAGGCCAAGUAUGUGUCGGGUUUCUUUUCCAUAUUUCUUUUAACUCGACAAGAAAUAAGUUGGAGACACGCUUAGCACAUGUUAGGAGGGUAAACCCAAUUAUAACAAGUUAGGACAGAGUCAAUAUCGCGACGAAUGCAGAAUUCUAAAGACUUUAAUUAUUCGUUGUUCUUUAUAUCUUUAUAAAGUAAUCUCUUUUUUUGUGGUUUCAAUAGUAAUAGUAAUACUUGAUACGAACUAUUUGAACACCCAGUGAUCCCUUUUACUUUAUGGAACUAAUUUGAAUUAAAAGUUGUACAGCAAGAGAACUAGUGGUACCGAAGAGGUGAAGACUCAUAUUUGAAACCUUCUAUCAACUCUUGGUGGGGUCAGUCUUUACGAACUUUAUCACAAUUUAAUUUGACUCUUAGUGGACGGUGAGAUUAAUCCUGAGUAUUAGUCAAGGUGUUUGUAAUUGUGUGCACGUAAACUGGCCGGUCCUUGUGAGUUAGUAUCUGGAAAAAGGGAAGAAUACCUCAUUGUGUUUGAUCUCUUCAAAAUCACCACCACCACUCAUCCGAGUAAAGACCAACACUGGCGCAUAUAUGAUACGACGAUUAGCAAAACAUAUCAAAGUAUCACAGCCACCACUGCUCCGGCGUCCCCUCCACCACCCACAACCACCACUCCACCAACCCCAUGGAAGUCGAAGUCAAGCUCCGCCUCCCAGACUCCACCUCCCACCAGAAACUCACCCAACUCCUCUCCCCCUUCCACACCAAAACCCUCCUCCAAGAAAACAUCUUCUUCGACACCCCCACCUCCCACAUCUCCUCCACCCGCUCCGCCCUCCGCCUCCGCUUCUACACCGGCCACUCCUCCCCCCAUUGCGUCCUCUCUCUCAAAUCCGAACCCCACCUCUCCGCUGGCAUCGCCCGCAUCGAAGAAGACGAGGAGCCCAUCGACCCCACCGUCGCCCGUGCCGCUGUCGCCGAGCCCUGGCGCCUCCUAUCCUUAUCCUCGUCCAGGAUUAUGAAGAGGGUAAAAGAGGAAUUUGGGGUUGGGGAAAAUGGGUUCGAUUGUCUGGGCGGGUUUAGGAAUGUGAGGAAUGUGUUUGAUUGGAAAGGCUUGAAGUUGGAGGUGGACGAGACAGAUUAUGGGUUCGGGACGAGUUAUGAGAUUGAGUGCGAGGCUAAGGGGAUGAUUGAGGAGUUUUUGAAUGCGAAUGGGAUCGGGUAUUCGUACUCGGAGGUUUCCAAGUUCGCUGUUUUUCGGUCUGGGAUGCUGCCCCAGUAAGUGUUUAAACCCUCGGUGUUUAAUGGUACAGUCAAGGUGCGUGCGUAUAUGCUGACCUGAACAUCCGAUUAUCAACAAAACAAAACAAAAAGUUUGUUGUUUUUGGUCUGGGAAGCUGCCCCAGUAAGUGUUCAAUGCUCAGUUAGUGAAUUUUUGUUUCAAAUUGGCAGCAUGAUGGAUACAUUUAGGGCAAUUCUAUAACUUACUCUGAAUAAUGUGAUGUGAUUCAAGGCAAUAAUCUGGAGUAUUGAUUUGGGAUUUGGUGGUUCAUGGGUUGAGAUAAUUUGUUGCUGUUGUUACGAAGACACUGCUCAUUUUAUUGGAAUAAAACAGAUUAUUGCUUUGCGA